AUGGCAUCUGUAAUUGAACAGCAUAUCAAUUACUCACUUUUAUGUUUAUCAAAACUUGUUUUUAUGAAACAUGGUUUUAAAUAUAAUAAUGAAACCAUUGAUUCACAGGGUACUAUUAUUACUGAAUAUGAAAAAAAAAUCAAACAUUCCGUUUUGAUCUUCGUUUUUGGAUGGGAUCGUAUACUAUCAGUUUCCAUCACUAAACACUAUCAAAUAAUGAUCUCCGAGUACGUGAAUAAUGGACAACUGAUUAACAGAAAUGAAUUUGACAAAGGAUUGUUUCAAAGAAUGCGCGAGGUUUUGCCACCGAUGUUGAUGAAGCACGAUUUAUUACUUUCAUCUAAUAGUUUCACGUCUCAUACCUGCGUUUAUUUUGAUUUUUCAAUCAAACAUAAAGUUAUUGGUCGAAUGGUAUUUAGGCUUUACAAUAAUGUACCACAAACAACAGAAAAUUUUCGAAGUUUGUGUGUUGGUGACAAGCAUUUAUGUUAUGUUGGUAGAGGUGAUAUAACGAAUUUCGAUGGUUCGAGUGGUGAAUGUAUUUAUGGGAUUACAUUUGCUGAUGAAAAUUUUAACAACAAACAUUCCAAACCCGGUACUUUAUCAAUGAUUAAUUUUGGUCCGAAUACCAAUAAUUCUCAAUUUUUCAUAACUUAUAUUGGACUUCCAUUCUUCGAUGAUACAUAUGUAAAGAAAUAG